AUGGACUGUCUUCUGUUUCUCUUGCUUCCAGGAGUCCUGAUUUUGUACAAGUCUCAUUCAGUGGGGGAACCCAUUUUUUGCACUUCCUGUGAUGAAUAUGUUGACAAUACCUGCAAAAGAAACUUGGGAGUCUGUCAACCCAGAUACCCUGACUUUGCAUGCCAAACCAAAGAAGUAUAUAUUCUACUUAUCAGUGGAGAAUAUCUGUACAAAUAUUCUAUUCUGAGCUGCCCAAGAAGAUGUGUGGAGUACGUGCGUUACAUCGGGUUUGAGAAAAACAUCUUCUCCUGCUGCAAUGAAAGCCACUGCAACAGGUUGCCAGAAGGAGAUACUCAAUUCAAACAAAGUAAUUUUGUCUAA